AUGGCACACAGGUUUGCAUUUGAGGCUCUCGAUCGAACGUUGAAAGAUAUAAUGGGCGUUGACCUACCAUAUGGAGGAAAGGUCAUAAUCUUUGGAGGAGAUUUUCGACAAGUUCUUCCAGUUGUUCCAAAAGGUACAAGAUCUGAAUUGAUGCAAGCAAGUAUGAUUAAUGCUUCAUUUUGGGAACACGUGAAAAUCAUUCGUCUUAGGCAUAACAUGAGAUCCAUCAAUGAUCAAGACUUUUCAGAGUUCUUACUUCAUGUUGGUAAUGGGGAACAAGAAACUAUGAUAGACGACAUGAUGCAAUUACCAUCAUCUAUGGUUAUUCCAUGGAAUGGUGAAGAAUCUAUUGUCCAAUUGGUUAAUGAAGUUUUCCCCGAUUUGGAAUGUCAUGUAUGUGAUGCAAGAUACUUGGUGGAAAGAGCAAUUAUAACACCAAAAUAUGAGGAUGCUGACAAAAUCAAUAAAAUGAUCAUCGAUAAAUUUUCGGGGAUUGAACAUAUCUUAUACUCUUUCGAUUCAGUUGAGGACGAUGUGAGAAAUUUGUAUCAACAAGAAUUCGUGAAUUCAAUCUCACCUGGUGGAAUGCCCCCUCAUCAGUUAACUUUGAAAAAAGGUGCCCCGAUAAUGCUUUUGAGAAAUAUCGAUCUGAAGAUGGGGUUGUGCAAUGGUACAAGACUGGCUUGA